UCCGAGCCUUGAGGCCGGCCGUAGUGUUGAGAUGCGAAAAAGCUCAGACUGAUUGUCAGUGCACCCAGUACAAAAUUUGUCCGACAGGACGAAGGGGCGCGAACAGAUUGUACGAGAUACAGGUAGUUUGUAGGGCACACUUCAUACACUUUCGUAGAACGGAGUCCGUAGGCCAUAUAACACAUUGUGUAUCCCAUACUAAAGCCAUAAAAUAUAAUAAAGUAAAAUAACGAACCUCAACACCAUGGUUAGAGCCAUUCAUACUAAACAUCAUUCUUCCAAAUACUGAACCAUGGGUUCCAUCGAAGUGUCAAAUGGAGACUAUCAGAUUGGUUCACUUGUUGGGAAGGUCGCACUCGUAACUGGUUCGGGACGAGGUAUUGGCCGGGGUAUCGCACUUGGUCUUGCACAGCGAGGAGCAUCAGUAGUUGUCAACUAUGCCAACACUUCGAAGGGAGCCGAGGAGCUUGUCAAACAGAUUGAACGGCUUGGCAGCAAAGCAUGUGCGAUCAAAGCUGACGUGACUAAGGUGGUUGAGGUUGAGCGCCUCUUCAAAGAGGCCAUUGAUCAUUUCGGGCGAUUAGAUAUUGUCAUGUCGAACAGCGGAACAGAGAACUUCAAAGCCGCGGACAAGAUUACGGAAGCAGACUACGACAAAGUUUUCAAUCUAAACACAAAGGCACAGUUUUUCGUCGCCCAGCAGGCUUAUAUUCACUUGGAGAAAGGAGGGCGGAUCAUACUGAUGUCCUCAGUCGCCGCUACCAUGUCUGGUGUGCCAAACCAUGCGCUCUACGCUGGCAGUAAGGCGGCAGUUGAGGGCUUCACUCGAAGCUUCUCUGCAGAUUGCGGUCCUUCCAAAGGUAUCACUGUGAAUGCUAUUGCCCCUGGCGGCGUCAAGACCGAUAUGUUUGACGAGAAUGCGUGGCAUUACUCACCGGGAGCUACACCUGAAUCCUCCCCAGAAUCAAUCGAAGCAGGAAUAGCAAGACUGUGUCCAUUGAAGAGGGUCGCUGUACCAGAGGAUAUCGCCAGAGUUGUGGCAUUCCUUGCGAGCAAAGAAAGCGAAUGGAUCAAUGGUCAGAUAAUAAAGCUCAGUGGGGGUUCUAUCGCAUAAACUUCCGGAGGUGCUUGUACGAAUACGUCGUCGUGCCGCCGAACGAAGCAAUAUCCGAAAAGGCUGAAAGGGGGAGGUUGGUGAUGCUCAAGGUUGAGAGAUGCAGAUCUCAAGGUCAAUGCCAUGCCAUGCCUUUUUGGCCGGCCAGCAAGCUGAGUUAUAGUAAUAUUUAGAGUUCGGUAGUGGAGACGAGGAGCAAUGAAUAAUGAAUCUCGGAUGUUGAGCGGAUAUAAACUUGGCCUACCAAGCAGUGAAUAUCUUCAUCGUCGUCAAAUCCUGGGCAAACCCCUAGUUUCACGGAAGAUAAGGCAAUGCACGAGCCCUAUCAUGGCACGUUCCCUCGCUUAAGUAAGCAUAGAACAACAUGAAGAUGAAAGUUUCGAUGCUUCAACCGUUGUCACAUCGACGA